GCAGAUUCUGAGCCAGCAAGGGCUUUUCAUUUCACAUUCCCACUUCCUGAAACCAAAGCUGUUGAGGAGAAACGCUGUGUUUCCAAGAAGCUUGUGCCGGAAUUAAAGAUUUCCAGAGUCACGUUGCUGGUCUUAAGUGUUUCUCCCUUUCUCUGAGAUAAAAGUACCUCAGCCUUCAAGGGGCCUCUUUAUUGAGAAUCAAUGCCUCUCCUAGGUAAUUGAUCACCGUAGACCCAGGGACACUCGAUUCAUCCUGGAGGGUGGGCAAUCAUCAUGAAUAAUCAAGAUGCUGUGGUUUCGAUAUUGCAUGAAUGUAAGCAAGUGCUGGAUCAUCUCUUGCUGGAAACGCCAGAUGUGUCUACAGAGGACAAGAGUGAGGACCAGCGGUGCAGAGCCUCACUCCCCAGCGAGUUAAGGACCCUGAUCCAGGAGGCAAAGGAAAUGAAGUGGCCCUUCGUGCCUGAAAAGUGGCAGUACAAACAAGCCAUGAGCCCAGAGGACAAAACAAACCUGCAAGAUGUGAUUGGCGCCAGGCUGCAGCAGUUACUGGCGGCCUUGCGAGCCUCCAUCCUUGUCCAGGACUGCGCUGCCGCCGCCGCUAUUGUCUUCUUGAUGGACCGGUUCCUGUACGGACUCGACGUCUCCGGAAAACUCCUGCAGGUCGCCAAAGGCCUGCACAAGUUGCAGCCCGCGACGCCCAUCGCCCCGCAGGUGGUCAUCCGCCAAGCCCGGAUCUCCGUCAACUCAGGGAAACUGCUGAAGGCAGAGUACAUCCUGAGCAGCCUGAUAAGCAACAAUGGAGCAACCGGUACCUGGCUGUAUAGAAAUGAAAGUGACAAAGUCCUGGUGCAGUCGGUCUGUAUACAGAUCAGAGGACAGAUUCUGCAAAAGCUAGGAAUGUGGUAUGAAGCUGCAGAGUUGAUAUGGGCCUCGGUAGUAGGCUACUUGACACUCCCUCAGCCAGAUAAAAAAGGUAUUUCCACAUCACUGGGUAUACUGGCAGACAUCUUUGUUUCCAUGAGCAAAACGGAUUAUGAAAAGUUUAAGAACAACCCACAGGUUAACUUGGCCUUGCUCAGGGAGUUUGACCACCAUUUGCUGUCAGCUGCAGAAGCCUGCAAACUGGCAGCUGCCUUCAGUGCCUACACACCGCUGUUUGUGCUCACAGCUGUGAAUAUCCGAGGCACGUGUUUGCUGUCAUACAGUUGCUCUACUGAUUGUCCUCCAGGAAUGAAAAGUGUGUACCUGUGUGAUGCCAAAGAGGCUUUUGAGAUUGGCCUCCUGACCAAGAAAGAUGGUGAGCUGGUGAGUGGGAAGCAGGAGCUGCACAGCUUCAUCAAAGCUGCUUUCAGCCUCACCACAGUACACUGCAGACUCCACGGGGAGACAGACGCCAUCCGCGCUGCAAGGCAGCUCUGCAGUGAAGCUGUGGGUAAGCUGUACACCUUUAGCAUCUCUUCCACAAGCCGGGACAGAGAAGCCCUGUCUCAGGAAAUCAUGUCUCUUGUCAGCCAGGUGAAGGGACAUCUACAAGUUCAAAGCUUCCAAAACUUAGAUGAUAGGUCUUACGUUCCAGAGAGCUUCAAAUGUGGCUUGGAUAAACCUAUCUUGCGUGGGCACGUAGACUUCCAACAAAUUCUUGCAAUCUAUUCCCAGCACCAUACCUCAGUGUGUGAAGUAUUUGAAGGCACUUGCAGGAGCAGCAAAAGCAACCACAGAGACACAAAACCAGAGGUGUGCAUCACUGCUCUAAAAACAGAAACCAACACCGUAGAUACUAUGGGUGCUACUCUAGAUAAACUGUGUUCUCAAGAAAGUGGGAGUAUAGCUUCCUCCCAGAUGGCUGAGAAAGACCAGGAAAAGCUCAGAAGAGUAAAGAGGAGAAACUGGACCCAUUCUGAAGCAUUUCGGGUCUCCCUGGAUCAAGAUAUGGGGACUGAGACUGAGCCGCCCAGUCACAGCAAUGGCAAGGCAGAUGUUCCCCAUACAUCUCUGAGUGACAGCCAUAGCUCGGGUUCUUGGAGCAAACUGUCAGGGCUCAGCUCUUCUGCAAGCUGGGAGGAAGUGAACUGUGGUAUUAAGGGUAUGGACAGGAAAGAGUCUAGCAAAGAAGAACACCUUGUGGACACUCAGUGCUCCACGGCAGUGUCUGAGGAGCCCAAGAGCGACAGAAGCUGUGGAGCUACACACUUGUUUUCAAAGCUGCAUGGUGUCUCUCUUCAGGAAACUGAAGAUCGCAACCUAGCGUCUUCACAAAGUCAGUUGCACAAACAUUCGUCCUUAACACCCGUCCUUCCUCUCAACACAACAGACACUUGCUUGGCCUCGGGAACAGGGCUACUGGAAGCCCCUGAAGGAAACCAGGACAUCAGAAAUGAAGGACCCAGUAAUAUAUCUUGUCAGCCCAGUCUGUCAUGUGGUUCUGUUUCCUGGUCCUUAUCUAGCUCUGGCAAGUUCACAGACAUGGCCAAAUAUCCUUCAGUUCAAGAAGAAGAAACCUGUGAAAUGACUGGUUAUUUUCCAGAAAGCAAGUAUGAUAUAAAAGGCCACUGUGGAGGAAAGAAUGGGGGGAAAGUCACUGAAAGAUUCACGGGGCCUGCAUUUACAGAUGACCCCUCUUCAGUUGACCCUGAAGGAGAAACAGAAGAAAGCAAAGAGGAUGGGUCACCACACCCUCAGGCAGUACUGGGAUGUUUAGAAGGCAGCCCUUCAGUGCUGACACGAAGGACUUUCUCUCCUCACCUGUCUGUUCAAAAUUUUGACUCAGCAAAGACAGGCGGUUCAGUCAAAGACCAGACCGUGGACCCUGAUGCUUCUACGGAGGAUGAGGAGGGCCCCACUGGCCAAGAUGGUGUUCACAGGCCAGGUGCUUGGAGGCCAGAUCAGAGAGAUGAGAGGCCAAAUUCCUCUGUCAGUGGCCACAGUCCCUUUCCAGACUUCGAUGCAGACUUCAGCACCACAGAGGAAGAAAAGGAACUUGGGAGCAUGCUGAAGUGUAGCCAGAACUCCAGUUCAUCCGUACAGUGGUGGCGGAAAUCACCUGCCUUUUCCAACAGUUCUCUGGAGGGAGAAAGUUCAUGGUCUCUUCUAAACUCCAGCAGAAGUUCUUUUGUCUCAUUGCCUGGACGGAGCAGGCAAGAGCUUCUUGAAGCUCGCACCCUACAGCCUGACGACUUUGAGAAGCUUCUGGCAGGAGUGACAAAUGAUUGGCUCCUUCACAGACUAGACAAUACCGGAGUAUUAAAGCCCGUUCAACUCCAGCGAGCACACAAUGCACUACUGCUAAAAUAUUCCAAAAAGUCUGAGUUGUGGACAGCCCAGGAAACUGUGGUGUAUUUAGGGGACUACCUGAAAGUGAAGAAGAAAGGCAAACAGAGAAAUGCAUUUUGGGUCCACUACCUUCAUCAAGAGGAAAGUCUGGGGAGAUACGUUGGGAAAGAAUACAAAGAGUGGAAGGGGCUCCGGCACCACUUCACUGAUGUGGAGCGACAGAUGACAGCACAGCACUAUGUGACGGAAUUUAACAAAAGACUCUACGAGCAAAAGAUUCCAACACAGAUGUUCUACAUCCCGUCUACAGUAUUGCUGAUUUUGGAAGACAAGACUAUAAAGGGAUGCAUCAGUGUGGAACCUUACAUACUGGGAGAAUUCGUCAAGUUAUCAAAUAACACAAAAGUCGUCAAAACUGAGUACAAAGCUACAGAAUACGGCUUGGCUUAUGGUCAUUUUUCUUAUGAGUUUUCUAAGCACAGAGAUGUUGUGGUAGAUUUACAAGGUUGGGUGACUGGCAAUGGGAAAGGCCUCAUCUAUCUUACUGACCCUCAGAUUCACUCCAUUGAUCAGAAAGAUGUCACAACAAAUUUUGGAAAGCGGGGAAUAUUUUACUUCUUUAAUAACCAGCACGCAAGCUGUAAUGAAAUAUGCCGUCGUCUUUCUCUGACCAGACCUUCACUAGAGAAACCAAGCAAUGUAUAGGCUGUAAGUUGGCAGCUUGACAGGCCUUCAGGAGCCUAGCAUCUCAUCUGCCUCCUCUGAGAGGCACAGCAUGGCAUGUAUUGAUCCUUGCAGCCAUUGAAUGAUUCCAGCCAUUGACUCACAAGAGGAAUUGAAAAGUGUCAAUUUCAGGCUCACACUUGCUUGCCAAGACAAGAUCCGGCAGACAUUGUUCCCCCUGACACAGGAACAUGUCAAGGGAAUGUGCUAGGUUUUACAGUUGUAUGUGAUGUUGGAGGUCCUGGGUUGUAUGGUGAAGGCAAUAUAAAGAAUACAAA